CGCCCUGCCCCUCGCCCCGCCCGCGCGCCGCGGCAAAGCCGCAUCCUCCCGGAGCAGAACAGCUCCUCGCCGGCUGUCCGCAUCCUCCGCCAGCGUCGGUCCCUGGGCAGGUGUGGGCACAUCUUCAAAGAAGGAGUAAGGAGUACAGAACAUAAACCUUCUCCCAGCUCAGAAGUUCUGGUCCUUUAAUCUCCUCAAGGUCUCAACCCCUAGUGUGAAAACUUACACUGUAUAGAAGGGCCAAGGAAACUACAGAGAAAAACAGAAGAUCUAAGUAGGAAAACACAGUGGAUUGGGGUGGCCUCCCAAGCUGUGAUCAUUGCACCCUUCAAGUGGAAUGCAUCCUUGGGACAUGCAUAGCCCCAUCUAGGAAGAAGCUCUGUGAUGUGUGAACUGUGAGUUUGCUCAAAGUCCAACUCUUUAUAAUACAUAGGUAGACAUCACGGCUGGGAUGGAAGAGCCAGCAGCAGUAGAAGGCCAGGUCCAGCUCCCAAGCCCCCACCAGGGCUCUCUCAGGAAGGCUGUGGCUGCUGCCCUGGCGCUGGAUGGCGAAUCCACAAUAGGGCGCAGGAAAAAGAAGAGGAAAGAGUCACGCCCAGAAUCCAUCAUCAUCUACCGCUCAGACAAUGAGAAAACAGACGAGGAGCCCGGUGAAUCAGAAGGUGGAGAUCGGCCGAAAGAGGAGGAGGGAGAUGAUUUCCUAGACUACCCUGUGGAUGAUGAUAUGUGGAACCUGCCUCUGGACAGCCGCUAUGUCACCUUAACUGGGACUAUCACACGAGGGAAGAAAAAGGGUCAGAUGGUGGACAUCCAUGUCACAUUGACAGAGAAAGAGCUGCAGGAACUGACCAAGCCUAAAGAGUCAUCAAGGGAAACGACACCUGAAGGAAGAAUGGCCUGCCAGGUGGGAGCCGACCGUGGGCCCCAUGUGGUCCUCUGGACGCUGGUCUGCCUGCCUGUGGUUUUCAUCCUCUCUUUUGUUGUCUCUUUCUACUAUGGCACUAUCACCUGGUACAACAUCUUCCUCGUGUAUAAUGAGGAAAGGACCUUCUGGCACAAGAUCUCGUAUUGCCCCUGCCUCAUUCUCUUCUAUCCUGUGCUCAUCAUGGCCAUGGCUUCCUCCCUGGGCCUCUACGCCGCUGUGGUCCAGCUCUCAUGGUCCUGGGGAGCAUGGUGGCAAGCUGCCCGGGACAUGGAGAAAGGCUUCUGUGGCUGGCUCUGCAGCAAGCUGGGCCUAGAGGACUGUUCUCCCUACAGCAUUGUAGAGUUGCUUGAAUCCGACAAUAUCUCAAACACUCUCUCCAACAAGGACCCCAUCCAAGAGGUAGAAACCUCCACGGUCUAAACUCCCAACAACUUACUUCCUCCUCUGGCCCCAGUAGCCUAUAUAUCAUCUUACAAUUGCAGCAGAUUCUUUCUUUAAAUUACCCCCUGCUCUCCGCAGUUCUUCUGGGAAACCAUAGUCCAUACUGAUCAGUUUUACCAUCUUGAGGGUUCCAGGAGGGCAGGAAACAGACGAGCAGUUGUGCCAAAGCAGUUCAUCCAGUGGACAAACUCUUCUUGAUUCCCUGCCCUAAAAUCACCAUUUAUCUAGGACAACGGAACUCUCCUGUGUGUCAUUUUGGGAGCCUGAAGGUGUUACCGGUGCCUAGAACUGAGGGGAGUAUGUGACUAAAUGUGUCAGGGAGAAUAAAGAACCUCAGGGGUAACCACAUCCACCAAGAUAAUAGACAGGGAUGGAGUGAGACAUUUAGGAAGCUGGGCUACCACAGUGUAGCAGAAGGUAAACAUUUGUGUGCAUCAUUUAGAUUUAGAUUUAGCUGCAUAGAAUUAAAACCCUAAAAUAUCAGUGGCUUAAACAAGAUAGAAGUGUAUUUCUUUCUUGUACAGAAGAAGUCUGGAGGCAGACCAUCCUGGGACCCUGUGAAGUAAUCCAGGUCCCAGGCUUCUUCUAUUUCUCUACCAUUAGUAGGAUGUGACCCUUCUCACCCUUAUCCUCAACAUCCCAGUGCUGAUUACAUCUUCAGCCAUCACAUCCAUGUUUCUGAUAAAAUAGAGGAAAGGGCAGAGAAGCACACACCCUUCCUGUUCAAGGAGACUUCCCAGAAGUCCCACUCAAUUCUUCUUAUAUCUCAUUGGCAAGACCUCAGUCACAUGAUCUCAUGAGCAAAAGAGGCUGGAAAUGUAGUUGUUGGGCUGGGUAGCUAUAUUCUCAGCUAAAUAUUGGGUUCACACUAAUUGAAGAGAAAAAGGAAGAAUGGUUAUUUGUUUUAUGUUUUGUUUUGUUUUGCUUUUUAAGACGGAGUCUUACUCUGUUGCCAAGGCUGGAGUGCAGUGGCACUAUCUCGGCUCACUGCAACCUUUGCCUCCCGGGUUCAAGCGAUUCUUGUGCCUUGGCCUCCCAAGUAGCUGGGAUUACAGGCGCAUGCCACCAAGCCCGGCUAAGUUUUGUAUUUUUUUUUAGUAGAGAUGGGGUUUCACCAUGUUGCCAAGGCUGGUCUUGAACUCCUGACCUCAGGUGAUCCGCCUGCCUCGGCCUCCCAAAGUGCUGGGAUUAUAGGAAAGAAUGGUUAUUUUGGUAGGCAAGUCAGAAUGUUUGCCUCACAAUGAUCAUUUAAAUACAUUCAGAACCCCAAACUGCUAAUAUGGUUUUAUUUAUUUAUUUAUUUAUUUAUUUAUUCAUUCAUUCAUUUGUUUAUUCAUUUAUUUAUUUAGGCCUGAAUCUUACACAGAGAAUUUAUAUGUAGAUAUUAGCUACAUAUACUUCGAAUAUGCUAUACAUAGAUAUUAGCACCUCAUAUACUUUGCAAUUAAGCUUCUGUAAUGUCAUGUGAUUUGUUUUUGGAAAGGAAUAGUGGACAGGAGAGUACAAUUUAUAAUAGUAGCAUAACUCUUUGUCCUGGUGGUGGAGGUGGGACGAAGUGGUGUUAUUUAACCUAGAUUAAAGACCAGCAAGGGAGGAAUUGCAUCUGCCAAAGUUUCCUCCAACAGAGAUCAGUAGCCCUAAGCACAAAGAAGCCAGAUUUAGCCUUCUCUUGUUUGGCAAAACCUCAUUCAGAGCUUUACUCCCUCAGACCUUUCUGAGUUUAACCACAGACAUGAUCUUUGCUGUGCUGAGAAACUUGUGUCUUCCUGGCCUGUAGGGAGUGUAAACCAGAUUAAUCCAGAUUAACAGACUCUGAACUUAAAAAAAAAAAAAAAGUCACUCCUAAGGGUGUCCUUCUAAUUUCAAAAUAUCAACUCCUAAGAGGUCAGCAGAAUUGGGAGAUUUGGGUCCUUAUAAGAAUAGCUGGUGCUCUUUUGUUCAUAUCUCAAAACAAAGCUGUUGAAAGAACUGCUGCGAUGAAUCAAACCACAGGAGUUGGUCAUGCUCCCCACAGAGAGCCGAGGACAUUUGCCUGAUGUAUGGUGCUGAGCUCCACCUUCAGAGGAACUCUUUUUUUUUUUUUUUUUUUAAAUAACUAUUAUUAGCUUGACUAGAAAAAAAGUGCCCAACAGUUUUAAUGUUAAACUUGGUGCUCUAUGGUGCAUUUGCAGAGAUAUGAACAAUUAAAAUGAAGACAAAGAAAAUAAAAAUAAAGUCUGAUUAUCAUUUG